AUGCGUUUCCUCGCCGUCGUCGCCCUCCUCGCCUCGUUGACGGCCGCCCGUCCCGCGGAGAACGGGAUGUUCAAUAUCGAGCUCUCGUGCGUUGGGCUGAACGACAGAGCGUGCGUUGCUAACGCGACGAGCGGCAUGGGAUGCUGCGUUCCCUUGUAUUGCGGCGCUGACCAUCGGUGCCAUCGUCCUUGA